AUGGAGACACCCAAGCAGAGCCUCUCUGACUUGGCCACCAUAGUCUCCAAUCUCACUAAGACUACUCACAAUUUUAUGACAGAAACUAGGUCUUCCAUCAAGAAUUUGGAAGUACAUAUUGGUCAACUAAGCAAGAAGAUCCCAGAGAUCCCCUCAAACACUCUUUUAAGUAACACAGAGAUAAAUCCAAAGGAAGAGUGCAAGGCCCUCAUUGUGGAAGCCAAGGCCGAACCUACAGAGGAACCUACUAAGGAGGAACUUAAGGAAAUCAGGGCUCAUGAGGAUGUCCUUAUGCACGCCCCUCUGGAAGCAGAUGAGCCUGAAAAAUACUCCUCCUCAAAUGAGAAAAAAGAGACCAAAGAAGAGCAAAUUGCUCGUUUCAUGGCAAUCCUCAUGAAGUUGAAGGCCAGUUCCUCUGAUGCAGAGAUAUUGGAGAAUGAACCUCUAGUAUUGACCAAGGAACUUAAUACCUUAGUUCAGAAGAAGCUGCCUCAGAAGCUACCGGAUCCCGGAAGCUUCCUGAUUCCCUGUACCAUAGGGACAAUCACCUUUGAGAAGGCACUAUGCGACCUUGGAUCAAGCAUCAAUCUUAUGCCUCUCUUUGUAAUGAAGAGGCUGGAAAUUCUAGAGGUCCAACCUACUAAGAUCUCAUUGGAGAUGGCAGACAAGUCCCUAAAAAGGGCAUAUGGAAUGAUGGAGGACGUCCUGGUGAAGGUUGAAAACUUUUAUCUCCCUGCAGAUUUCGUAAUCUUGGACACAGGGGAGGACAAAGACGAAUCCAUCAUCCUAGGAAGGCCUUUUCUAGCACUGCUAAGGCCUUCAUCAAUGUGGAAAAGGGAGAGCUAG